AUGUCGAAAGAAUCUAUUCCUCAACAUAAUGCUCGAGCUCUUGAAGAAGAACAAAAACAUGUAGCUAAUAAGCUUGCUGAACAUGAUACAAUUCGUCGUUGUGAUGCUGAAGCAACAGCAACAGCACUUAAACAUGAACAAAAAAUUGCAACAAAAAAUCUUGAACAUACAGAUGAUCAAGCAAAACAAAAUGCAAAAAAUCUUAAAGAUGAGGCAAAAGCUAAUGCAGAAAAAUUAAAAUUAUAA